AUGUUUGCAUUGAACCGGAAGAGACUGCAGAAGCUUACGAACACCUUGAGUAAAAGCAGCAACAACAAGCAUUUUAACAGACAUGAAAUAGAGUGCCUCAUAAAAUUUUUUUAUACCCUGUUGGGAGAUAUAGCUGAGAAACCAGAUUGCAUGGGGCUAGAUCGUAAUACAUUUCGAAACAUCCUACAUACUACAUUUGGAAUGACUGAUGACAUGAUCAUGGACAGGGUAUUUCGAGCUUUUGACAAAGACAAUGAUGGCCAUGUGAGUGUAACAGAAUGGGUUACAGGAUUAUGCGUGUUUCUUCGAGGGAAUUUAGAAGAAAAAAUGAAAUAUUGCUUUGAAGCUUACGAUUUGAAUGGUGAUGGUUUCAUUUCACGAGAAGAAAUGUUUCAUAUGCUGAAAAACAGCCUUCUCAAGCAGCCAAGUGAAGAAGAUCCUGAUGAAGGAAUUAAAGAUUUAGUUGAUAUAACACUUAAGAAAAUGGAUUAUGACCAUGAUGGAAAGCUAUCCUUUGCAGAUUAUGAACAAGCUGUAAGAGAAGAAGGUCUUUUGUUGGAAGCAUUUGGUCCAUGUUUACCUGACCCAAAGAGACAUCUAGAAUUUGAAGCCCAGGUCUUCAAAGACCCCCAUGAUCUCUAG